AUGGAGUCCAACCUUUCUGCCCUCCUGAAUGGCUCGGAAGAGACAGCCUCCACGUCUGAACCUGCUGGCCUCACUACUCUGAGGAUCUUCUCCCUGGUGGUGCUGGGGGUCACCUUUGUCCUUGGUGUAGUGGGCAAUGGGCUUGUGAUCUGGGUAACUGGCUUCCGGAUGCAACGCACUGUCACCACCGUCUGUUAUCUGAACCUGGCCUUGGCCGACUUCUCCUUCACGGCCACACUCCCCUUCCUCAUUGUCUCCGAGGCCAUGAAAGAUAAGUGGCCUUUUGGCUGGUUCCUAUGCAAGUUGAUUCAUAUUGUGGUGGACAUCAACCUCUUUGGCAGUGUCUUCCUCAUCGCCUUCAUCGCGCUGGACCGCUGCAUCUGUGUCCGGCACCCUGUCUGGGCGCAAAACCACCGUACUGUUGGCCGGGCUUGGAAACUGCUCCUUGGGCCCUGGAUUCUUGCCUUCAUCCUGACUAUGCCAGUUAUCAUCUUUGUGACCACGGUCUCGGAUGGAAAGGGGAAUACAUACUGCACCUUCAACUUUUCGGUUUGGAGCAGAAACCCGGAGGAGAUGCUCAAGUUUGCCUUCCACAUGCUGCUAGCCCGGGGCAGCAUCCGUUUUGUCAUUGGCUUCAGCAUGCCCAUGUCGGUGGUUGCUGUCUGCUAUGGACUCAUUGCAGCUAAGAUCCAUCGGAAAGGCAUGAUCAAGUCUAGCCGUCCCCUGCGGCUGCUCACUGCUGUCGUGGCGUCUUUCUUCCUCUGCUGGUUUCCCUUCCAGCUGGUCGCUCUCCUGGGCACAAUCUGGCUCAGGGAGACAGUGUUCGAAGGCAGGUACAAGAUCCUUGACGUGCUGGUCCACCCCACGAGCGCCCUGGCCUUCUUCAAUAGCUGCCUCAAUCCCUUGGUCUACGUGUUUGUGGGCCAGGACUUCCGAGAUAAGCUGAUUAGUUCCCUGCCUGCCAGUCUGGAGAGGGCCCUGACUGAGGAUUCCACCCCAACCACAGAUAGCACCACCAAGGCUGCCCCUGCUGCUGAGGCCAACGCCCAGGCACCGUGA